UAUGCCACACGCCCCCCGCUCCCCCCGGCCACAGCAACGGGAAGGAAGAAAGGGAAAACGUAGGCAGGCGCCCACGCUGUGCCGCGCUGAGAGAGUUCACGUGUCCCCUCGCAUUGACACUUUCGAUAAGCGCGCGCUCCGCCGGACGGUCCAGCUGACAGGAUGUCGUCAGCGUGAUGAGCCUUGCAUCCCGCGUGACUCGUAGGGUAGUAACGUCUUAUCGAGCCUCUGCAGAAUUCCUUUUUUCUCUCGGGUUGCGAUAAGCGGCGGUCCGCCUUGUAUGUGGGAAACAUACACGCCUUUUGCGACUGACCGCCUCCGCCGGAUCACGGGCGCGGCGCGCCUGUAUGGACUGAAGCCUCUGCGCAUGCGCCGCCCCGGCUCGCACUCCCAUUGGCUGAGCUUGUGGCCAGACAUCACCUCAUCGCCGGCGUGCGCUGCGCUGCGAGCUGCAUAAAACCAAGUGCGGUUUUCUUCUUUUCAGUUGAGCGUGUAUUGUGCCGAAGACAAGAGUUGAGUAGAGGUGUGUUUAGGAUCCAUCGCUCCAAACUCGAGUUGACGACAAACAACAAAGACAAUAAGAUUGCACAAGUGACACUGAAUUAAAGUUCUUCAAAAUGCCUGCUCGCUUUCCUGAAGUAGAAGUUGGUGUGGAAAUACGUAAUGUGGAUACACCUUCAAAUGUGAAUACUGGUGGACUCAGGUGGAACACAGAUGAAGAAGUGGUUAUCACAGGAUUAUCAGGUCGACUACCGGAAUGUGAGAAUAUUGAAGAAUUUCGGGACAAGCUAUUUGCAGGUGUUGACCUUGUCACAGACGAUGAUAGACGUUGGACGCAAGGAUUGUAUGGUUUGCCCAAGAGGACUGGAAAGAUUAAGGAUUUAUCCAAAUUUGAUGCAACUUUCUUUGGUGUUCAUGCAAAACAAGCAAAUGUAAUGGAUCCUCAGUUGAGAAUGCUUUUGGAAAUAACAUAUGAAGCUAUUGUAGAUGCAGGUGUAAAUCCUAGUGAAAUCAAAGGGUCUAGAACCGGAGUAUUUAUUGGAGUAUCUGACAGUGAAGCUGAUGAGUAUUGGACCCAAGAUCCUGAUAGAGUAAAUGGCUAUGGACUCACUGGAUGCUGUAGAGCUAUGUUUCCUAAUAGAAUUUCAUACACGUUUGACUUCACUGGUCCCAGUUAUGCAGUUGACACUGCUUGCUCCUCUAGCAUGUUUGCUUUGCAACAGGCACUGUAUGCCAUGAGGACAGGCCAGUGUGAUGCUGCCAUUGUCGGUGGUGUUAAUUUGCUAUUAAAGCCUACAUCCUCCCUCCAAUUCCAUCGUCUAAACAUGUUGAGUCCUGAGGGAAUGUGCAAGGCAUUUGAUUCGUCAGGUAAUGGAUAUGUGCGCAGUGAAGCAGCAGUUGUUGUCUUUCUCCAAAAGGCCUCAGUGGCACGACGAACGUAUGCUACUAUUUUAAAUGCAAAGACUAAUACUGAUGGCAACAAGGAACAAGGUAUUACUUUUCCAUCUGGAGAGAUGCAAAAGAAACUCAUCAAAGAAGUGUAUGCUGAAGUGGGUGUGAAUCCUGCUGAUGUUGCCUAUGUUGAAGCUCAUGGUACUGGAACAAAGGUUGGGGAUCCUCAAGAAGUGAAUUCCAUUGCUGAUGUGUUCUGCAAAGAUCGCCCAUCUCCACUGUUAAUUGGCUCUGUCAAAUCUAACAUGGGUCAUUCGGAACCUGCUUCAGGUCUUUGUUCCCUAGCUAAAGUCAUCAUUGCAAUGGAAGAGGGUGUCAUUCCAGCUAAUUUACAUUAUAAGGAGCCUAAUAAGGAUAUUCCUGCUCUUUCUGAUGGAAGACUUCAAGUGGUGGACAAGGCACUUCCUUGGAAUGGUGGGCUAGUGGCUGUAAAUUCCUUUGGCUUUGGUGGGGCCAAUGCACAUAUACUUUUGCGUUCUAACCCCAAACCAAAGACUCCUGCUGUACGAGAUAACAUUCCAAGACUAGUUACAACUUCUGGGCGGACUAUUGAAGCUGUUAAUAGCUUCCUAGAGAAGGUUGAAAACAUGCCAAGAGAUGAUGAGCUCAUUAGUUUGUUGCACAAAAUACAUGGUACCAAUAUUUCUGGUCAUGGUUACAGAGGUUACUCUGUUCUGGGUUCUGAUACUCCUGUUAGAGAAAUUGCUGAAAUGACAACAGAGAAGAGACCAGUAUGGUAUGUGUUCUCUGGCAUUGGAUCCCAGUGGGCUGGGAUGGCUAAGGACCUUAUGGAAAUUGAUAUUUUUGAGAAGGCUAUCAGGAAGUGUGCGGAAGCAUUGCAAAAUGAAGGAUUAAAUUUGUAUGAAGUAUUCUCCAAUUAUGAUCCAGACAAUCUAGUUAAUUCUUUUGUUUCAAUUGCUGCCGUUCAGGUAGCAUUAGUUGAUAUUUUGACAUCAUUGGGAAUUCAGCCUGAUGGUAUUGUGGGACACUCUGCUGGAGAGCUGGGUUGUGCUUAUGCUGAUGGUGCAUUUACUGCAGAGCAAACUGUUCUGGCUGCAUACUGGAGAGGUCGCUCUAUCCUUGAGUCAAAAUUGCCUCCUGGUUCAAUGGCAGCUGUUGGGCUUACUUGGGAAGAAGCUAAAGCUCGCUGCCCUCCUGAGAUUGUUCCAGCCUGCCACAAUAGCAAGGACAAUAUUACCAUAUCUGGCCCUGUUGAAGAUACAAGGAAGUUUCUCAAAGUCCUUCAGGCAGAGGGGAUCUUCAACAGGGAAGUGGCAAGUUCCAAUAUUGCCUUCCAUAGUCGUUAUAUUGCAGAAGCUGGACCAAAACUUCGAAAGUCUUUGGACAGAAUCAUUCCCAAUCCCAAGCCUCGAUCUGCACGAUGGAUCAGCUCAUCUGUGCCAGAAUCUGCAUGGGGCACUGCACUUGCACAGUCUUCAUCUGCAGCAUAUCAUGUGAACAACCUGCUGUCUCCGGUUCUGUUCCAUGAAGCCAUCUCCCACAUCCCAGAAAAUGCUAUUGUCAUUGAAGUUGCCCCUCACUGCCUCUUGCAGGCCAUCCUGAAGCGUUCUACCCCAUCUUCAUGCAUUAAUGUGGGUCUUAUCAAGCGUAAUCAUCCUGACAACAAGCAGUUUUUCUUUUCAAGUCUUGGAAAGUUGUACAAUGCUGGCCUUCAUCCCAAAGUAGCUCGCUUACAUCCUCAGGUGACCUAUCCUGUUGCCCGAGGUACCCCACGCAUUGCAUCCCUAAUUCAAUGGGAUCACUCUGUGGAAUGGGGAGUGGCUAAAUUUGGAGGAAAAGAUGGAGUUCGAUCAGGUGAAUGUGUCAUUGAAGUAGAUUUGAGCAAGGAGACUGACAGUUUUCUGGCGGGUCAUGCCAUUGAUGGACGAGUGCUUUUCCCAGCUACUGGAUAUUUGACUCUUGUGUGGAAGACGUUUGCCAAACUUCAGGGCACAGAUUUUGAAGAAUUACCUGUCGUAAUUGAGGAUGUGCAAUUUCAUCGUGCAACUAUUAUGCCUAAAGAAGGUUGCGUGAAGUUCCUCAUCAACAUUUUUGACAGUUCAGGAGAGUUUGAGUUGUGUGAGGGAGGUUCUGUAGCUGUAUCUGGUCGCAUCUCUGUGGCUGAAGAUGUGGAUCGUGAAGUUCUGAAUCUUUCUGUUCCUGCCAUACAGUCUGACCAAAACCUUCUUCCUCUUGUAACAGGUGAUAUUUACAAGGACCUCCGCCUGAGAGGUUAUGAUUAUGGAGGCAUUUUUAAAGGAAUAAUUGAAUCUGACAACAAAGGAAUUGCUGGUAAAUUGCAAUGGGUAUCAAACUGGGUUAGUUUCAUGGACACUAUGCUCCAGUUUUCAAUUUUGGGUCAGAACACUCGUGAAUUAUAUUUGCCUACUCGCCUGCAAAGAGCAGUUUUGAAUCCCAAAGCCCACAGGCAAAUGGUGGAACAGCUGACUGAGGGUGAUGGUUUGCCUGUGUACAUGUAUCGCAACAUUGGAGUAAUUAAGGCUGGUGGAGUAGAACUGAGAGGAAUGAAAGCUAGCCUUGCUCCAAGACGCCAGCAAUCUCAAGCUGCACCCAAACUAGAGAGAUAUAUUUUCAUUCCUUAUGAGAAUAUUCAUGGAGAGGGAGAAUUAUCAGAGAGUGAUGUCAAGAUAAAUUCCCAAGCUCUUACUGUGUCCCUGCAAGUGGCUUUGGAAAACAUAGGAAGUUCUUUGAAGAUGAAGGUUGUGGAAGUAGCUCAUGAACAACCUGUUGAGUCUCUUCUGGCACCAGCUGUCAUUCAUAUUCUUGAAUCAGAGCCCCAACUUCAUGUGGAUUUCACUGUUGCCUCACCGACUCUGUCAGCUUCUGCAGUUGAACCAUUGGGUACAAAAUUUACAUCAAAGGAUAUCAAGGCUGGACCUGUUGACCAAAAUGUCCAUUUAGUUGUUGCUUCAGAUGUCCUUAAGAAGGAGCAACCUGUUACUGUGAUCAGAAACAUGGCAGAAUCAGUUAAAGCUGGUGGCUUUAUACUUUUAGAAGAAACAAUGCCAAUUCAGUCUCAGUUUGUCUAUGAGGCUGGGUUAGAAGUGAUCUCAUCACAACUGGAUGGUCGUAGAGUGUACUUACUUCUUCGCAAGGCUUAUUUAUCUUCUGAGCCUGUUGUCAUCACGGUGACAGAAAAGAAUUUCACUUGGCUCGAACCCUUGAAAGCUGCUUUGAAGAAGAGUGAGACAGAUGGCCAAAAAUUCCUUGUGGUGUCCCAAGGAGAACCACAGUUUGGAAUGGUUGGUAUGAUGAAUUGCAUCAAACAAGAACCAGGCGGCAACAAUGCCAGAUGUGUUUUCAUACAAGAUAAGAAUGCACCUGCCUUCUCUCUAAAGAAUAAGAAAUACUCUGAUCAAUUGAAGAAGGAUUUGGUAGUGAAUGUUCUGAAAAACAACACAUGGGGAUCAUACCGACAUCUCAAAUUGAACAAUAACGCUGAUGCAGCUUCGCUGCAAGUUGAACAUGCAUACAUUAAUGCUUUGAUUCGAGGAGAUCUUGCAAGCCUUCAAUGGAUAGAGGGCCCACUCACUUUCUAUCGCCCGGAAAAGCACCUCGAUAAGGAACUGUGCAAGGUUUACUAUGCCCCUCUGAACUUCAGAGAUAUAAUGUUGGCCACUGGAAAGCUACCACCUGAUGCCCUUCCCGGGGACCUUGCUGGGCAGGAUUGCAUUCUUGGCUUAGAGUUCUCUGGCCGUUGCACACGUGGUCGAAGGGUGAUGGGUAUGGUAGCUGCUCGCGGUAUGGCAUCCACUGUUCUAGCUGAUCCAACGUUUUUGUGGGAAGUCCCAAGUGAAUGGAGUCUGGAAGAUGCUGCUACUGUUCCCGUUGUAUAUGCUACGGCUUAUUAUGCUCUGGUAGUAAGAGGCAGAAUGCGACCUGGGGAAUCGGUUCUCAUUCACGCUGGAAGUGGUGGUGUUGGACAGGCUGCUAUCUCAAUUGCUCUCCACAUGGGUUGCACGGUCUACACAACUGUAGGCAGUUCUGCAAAGAGACAGUUUUUGAAAGAGAGAUUUCCCAAAUUGACUGAUCACAACAUUGCAAACUCAAGAGACACAACUUUUGAACAACAUGUAAUGUCAGAAACAGAGGGUAGAGGUGUAGAUCUGGUUUUAAAUUCGUUGGCAGAAGAAAAGUUGCAGGCAUCUGUCAGGUGUUUGGCUCAACAUGGUCGAUUCCUUGAAAUUGGAAAAUAUGACUUCUCAAAUAAUAAUCCCUUGGGAAUGGCUGUUUUCUUGAAAAACACUACUUUCCAUGGGGUUCUUCUGGAUGCUCUGUUUGAGAAUAACAGCCCUGAGAAACAGGAAGUGGUGAGACUUGUAAAUGAAGGAAUUUGCAAUGGAGCUGUUCGUCCUUUGCCAGCUACAGUAUUCUCUGACAAUCAAGUGGAACAAGCUUUCCGAUUUAUGGCAUCUGGAAAGCAUAUAGGAAAGGUGCUCUUGAAAAUUAGUGAUGAAGAGAAGCAAGCUGUUGUUAAACCGCAAACUAAGUUGGUGUCUGCAAUUCCUCGCACUUACAUGAAUCCUGAUAAAGCAUUCAUUCUUGUUGGUGGUCUUGGUGGCUUUGGUUUGGAACUUGCAAAUUGGCUUGUAAAUCGUGGUGCCACGAAACUUGUCCUCACUUCUCGAUCUGGAAUUAGAACUGGGUAUCAAGCACUGCGAGUGAGACGCUGGCGUGAAGCUGGCAUUGAAAUCCUAAUUUCCACUCAUAAUGUUACAACUGAGGAGGGAACCACUCUUCUUUUACAAGACUCUGCCAAAUUAGGUCCAAUAGGAGGAAUUUUCAAUUUGGCUGCUGUUUUGCGAGAUUCAUUUUUAGAAAACCUAACUGAAAAAGACUUUCAGACUGUGUGCUUGCCAAAAAUCGAUGGCACGAUUCACCUUGAUAAUGUAUCUCGGAAGCUUUGCCCUGAACUUGAUUAUUUUGUUGUAUUUUCAAGUGUGUCAUGUGGUCGUGGAAAUGCAGGCCAAAGUAACUACGGCCUAGCUAAUUCAGCAAUGGAAAGAUUGUGUGAAGCUCGCCAACUGGCAGGACUUCCAGGCCUAGCUAUUCAGUGGGGAGCUAUUGGAGAUGUUGGAUUAGUUGCCGAAAAUAUGGGAGAUAAUGAUACAGUUGUAGGAGGCACUCUGCCCCAGCGUAUGACAUCCUGCCUGGCAGCUAUGGACUAUUUCCUUCAGCAGCCACAUCCAGUUCUUGCAUCUAUGGUCCUUGCUGAGAAGCGAAAGGGAGGAGAUGGUGGCUCUAAAGUGAGCCUCGUGGAGAGUGUUGCAAACAUCUUAGGAAUAAAGAAUCUCAAGACUGUAAAUGCUCAGGUUUCAUUAGCAGACCUGGGAAUGGACUCUUUAAUGGGAGCAGAAAUAAAACAAACCUUGGAGAGGAAUUACGACUUGGUUUUGAGUGCUCAAGAAAUUCGCUUCCUUACUUUCAAGAGAUUGGUUGAAUUGAGUAGUGGUGAAGUGGACUCCGAAGCAGCCAGUCCUGCAGAGGCAACGGAAAUCCCCUCUGAUAAUAUACAAGUCACUCUUGAGGGAUUAUCAGAAUUGAUGCCAUCUGAAGUAAUAAUUCAGAUUCCAAGUAAAGCACCAAAGAAUUCAUUGAAUCCUGCACUCUUUGUUGUGCACCCUAUUGAAGGAGUGGUAUCCAUGUUACAAAAUUUGCUUGCCCCACUUUCAUGCCCAGUGUGGGGACUCCAAUGUACGGAAAAAGCUCCCCUUGCUUCCAUUCAAGACUUGGCAUCCUUUUACAUAGAGCAAGUGAAAAAGGUCCAACGUAAGGGACCAUACACAUUGUGUGGUUAUUCAUUUGGAGCAUGUGUUGCAUUUGAAAUGGGAAUUCAGUUUGAGAAGAUUGGGGAAAAGGUGUCUUUAGUUCUACUUGAUGGGUCACCAACUUAUGUUGCCACACAUACUGGAAAUUAUAAGUCAAGAGGUGUAGACAAAACUGGAGAAGAAGCUGAUGCUCUGACAUACUUCAUGCAGUUGUUCAAGGAUGUUGAUUUUCAGAAGGUCAAACAAGAAUUGCUCUCACAGCCUUCAUGGGAAAAGAGAUUGGCAAGAUGUACAGAUUUACUUGCAGGUGUGUCUUCAUAUCCCGCUGAUCAGCUAGCAAUGGCUGCAUCCUCAUUCUACCAUAAACUUAAAGCAGCUGAUCAAUACAAACCCAAGACACAUUAUGCAGGAGAUGUCACUCUAGUUAGAGCAGAAGAUAACUAUGUGUCAAUUGGUGAAGAUUAUGGCCUUACUCAAAUUUGUGCACAGAAAGUGAAGAUCUACUCUUUGAAGGGUGACCAUAGAGGAAUCUUGAAAGGUGAAAGUGCAAAUAAGAUUGUAGCCAUUAUUAGUGAUACAAUAGGAAAGGUGUGAAUAUCAUUGAACACAAGUAACCCACCAUCCACACGGCACUGUCAUAAUAUUGAGACCAAAAUGUGAGAGACUCAAAAGAGUGAAAUAUUUUUGUUUUAUUUUAAAUUAAUCCCUUGAAAGUGAGAUUGAAGAGUUUCAAUUACUCUAUGUGGUAUUUCUCUCCUAGUAGUAAAAUAAAAUUUUAUUAAUCAUUAUUUUACUACAUUAAUAGUUUAUAUUACUUAAAAAUAUUUAAGUAAAAUAAAAGUAUACGUAUGUACUUAUUGUACGUGCUUUAGAGAAUUUACCAUUACCUUCCAAAUGCAGAUGUAAUUUUGAUGUACUCUUUGCUAUCUUACAUGGAAAUUCAAUUGUAAAUUUGAGGAGUGUAUUUUUCUCUAUAUUCAAUUCUUAAACUAAAUAUACUUAAAUUCAUUUUUUGUUUAGUUUAUAUAGCUACUUCGUUGGUGCAAUCUAUUCCAGUUAUUUUAUUAUGAAUACUCAGUAGAAAUAUAUCUGUAAAUCACCAGUUCAAGGUAGUUCACAAAAAUAAUUGUGAUUAGUCUUGUGUUCUGCUUGCACAACUAGAAAUUAAUUUUAAGUCAUUUCAUGCAAUAAUACAAUGAAGGUAAUUGAGUGGAAACUCAUAGGGUAUUGUUUUUCUAUUCUUUGCUCUCUGGGACACUUCAUGCAUUUAUAAAAUUAAAUGUACUAUUUGUAUAGAUAAGUUCUAUUUUGUAAAUAUUUUUAUUUAUUUAUUACUUUACAUUGUUCAUAGUUUGAUUGUAUUGCUAUUUCUGAGAUGCUGUUUUUGUGAAUACAAUAAAUAAUAAUCUACAUCUUUAUCUCCUGUAUUAUCUACCUUAAAUAAUUACUUUUUCUGAAAUUAUUUUACACUUUAUCUUCUGACUAAUUUUUCUGCAAAUUUUCUGCAGUUUACACAAUCUGUUUGUGACAAUUCUGUACAUAUCAACUUAAAUUCUAGUUUGCCUGCUUUUGUUUAUGUGUAUAUUUGAGAAUUUAAACGGAAUAUAAUAGUAAAAUUGUUUCAUUAUUGGAUAUAAUAAAAUAAAAUGUCUGAACUAAAUGAUUUUUGUAGGGUUUUUUUUUUUUUUUUUUU